GCCAUGCAUGGUGAACUACCUGACUUGGCUCCAGAAGCUGUGUGAGGAGAGCUGCUUGGUUGGCAGAGGACCCGUGGAGCCCACUCCAUGUUCUCCUCUGGCAGGCAGAGGAGCUGCAUGCCGCCCAUUCGCAUCUUCAGGCUCAGCAGUCUGGCAGUCGGGCAGCUCCUACAGAGUCGAGUGCCAAUGGAAACUGGAUUUGGAUCCCCCAAAAUCAGUGUGAAGCAAAAAAACUCAGAACUGCAGUACCUUGGUGCUUAAUACCAGGCUUCUUGAUCACCUCAAACUAGGGUGGCCAUAGCAAAUCUACUGCACUAACCCAGGGCUGAGAGGGGGGUCGAGUUGACGGAUGGAGUAAUGCCGUGGUGGGUUUCCUGUUUGUCACUAUGGGAAGGCCACACUUACCUGCUCAAUCCCCAUUUACUUUGUAUUCUAGGAUAGAGGUCAGGAAGACUAUAUCCCACCUGCCUAUACAGCUGUGGUGUGUUGAAAGACCCCUGGACUUAAAGUAUUCAUCGGGUGGUUUAAAAACCCAACAAAAUGCAUCAAUAAAUAUGCAACUGCCUUCAAGAGAGACAAACCCCUAUUUUAAUAGCUUGGAUCAAAAGGACCUGGUGGGAUAUUCAUCCGCAAGGGCCAGUUCUGUGCCCAUCAUCCCCUCAAUGGGCCUGGAGGAAACCUGCAUGCAAAUGCCAGGGAUUUCUGAAGUCAAAAGCAUCAAAUGGUGCAAAAACUCCUACUCUGCUGACGUUGUCAAUGUGAGUAUUCCAGUCAGCGAUUGUCUUAUAGCAGAACAGCGAGAAGUGAAAAUAUUGCUGGAAACUGUCCAGGAGCAGAUCCGAAUUCUGACUGAUGCCAGGCGGUCAGAAGACUACGAGCUGGCCAGCGUAGAAGCCGAGGACGGUGUGAGUGAAAACACAGCCUUUCUCCCCCUGAGUCCCAUGGCCAAAUCAGAACGAGAGGCACAAUUUGUCUUAAGAAAUGAAAUACAAAGAGACUCUGCAUUGACCAAGUGACUUAAGAUGUAGGAAUCUGUGCAUUCUAUGCUUUGCUCAAAAGGAAAGAGAGGAAAUUAAAUACAAAUUAUUUAUAUGCAUUAAUUUAAGAGCAUCUACUUAGAAGAAACCAAAUAGUCUAUCACCCUCAUAUCAUAGUGUUUUUUUAUCAAAAUAUUUUUUUAAAGGGAAAGAAAUCUUUCAGGAUGGAUAAAGCUUACCACUCAAGCUUUUGGGUAGAAAUCUCAAUCCACUUUCAGUUAGUCCCAACACUGCCUUCUUUGGCUCUUAGAAGAUGUGGGCAAUUCAGACCCUCUGUCCCACAGUGCCAGGGUCAUCAUGAAAAAGCACUGGCAGUUACCUGGUUUCAAAGAGACGAGCUGUAUCCGAGGGCAGAUGUGCCAGCGAGCAGGUGGCCCUUGCCAUUUGGCUUGCCUGUCCCAACCUCUAAAUUUCUAUUCACCCAACAGCCUCAUCACAGGUUAUGUCACAUUAACAAAUGCAGUGUUUUCUAUUUGAUUUUUGAAGAAUGGCACAAAGACUCUGGAAUGCGAAGGAGGACAGGAGCUAGAGGGAGUAAUCGUGGGCAAGUCUAGCUACUCUCAUGUGCCAUCUUUCUCUGAAAUUUGAAAGCAGAGAAUCUCAGAAGGAGGAGUGAAAUUAUUAUAGAAAGAGAGACAAAAAAACCACAAUCUUCUGUCACUAAAAUCAUGCUAAUAGAAAUGUUUUUCUUUGAGAUUGUUUAGAGGCUCCGAAGGAGCAUUUCUCAGUGUGUGUGUGCCUGUGUGCACAUGUGUGUGCAAGCGAGCGUGCAUGUGGACUUAGUCGAGCACAUAUGCUGUAUGCACAUGUGUUCAUCGUGCGUAUGUGUGUGUGCAUGUGUGUGCGUACUAAGCUUGCUAAAAUUUGUUCUGAAACAUCAGGGAAUCUAAUAUUCAGAAGAAAAUUUCCCUCUUAAAUCUAUUCACUUUGAAUUUUUCCAUUAAGUAUGAAGUUCAAUUAGUAAGUUCUUAAAUCAAGGUCACUUGCAUGGCGGGGUCCUAUAAAACUCUUGACAAUGUCCAGACCAUCUUCUGAUGUGAAUACUUUUGAGAGGAACAAGUAACUAUUGGCUCAUUAAUGAUAUCAGUAUAACAAGGUGAGUUAAUCGAGGAUGUGUGUUUAUUUUGAAACAUGCCUACUUAAAUUAUUUGCACAAGCCAGUUAACAAAUUGACAGUUGUCAUUAACUUUCUCAUCGUCGUCAUUAGUAUUUAUUUGAUAACAAGUCUACUACGUGUGGACCAAGGCAUCGGCUUCUGUGGUUAAUAUGGAAAGAAUGAGUUGUUGAAAUCACAAAGUCCAGACUUUUCAGUUCACAAGAAGCCCCCAAAAGAACAAUAAAUUGUGUUGUACGUUCAUUUGGAAUAAAGCAAUAUUUUUACCACUGCUAAGGUGAACUGAAACCU